GCCAUUUCCAGACAGCAGAUAUGACGAUUGUCGGUGCACGUGAUCAGCCAGGCACAGGGCGGAAACGCGGCGUCGGGAUUUACUUUCGGUUUUGAUAAUCAUGACCACUUGAACUUUUGCCUCAGCGAGCUUCCAGAUCAAAACACCCCAACCCAAUUCCCCCACCCCGAUGCGAUACAGCUAGGAGGCAAUCCAAUCACUACUUGUGACUCUCCUCCGACUACAUUUCUACACAAGUAUGCACUCAAUCCUGCGACAAUCCAGCAAUCUUGCUCGGAUAUCGAGGUCCUCUCUUCAGACUGCCGCGAGAGCAUCACUGCGCUCCACGAACCACGCGCCAUUAUCCUCCUCUGUAAGAGCUGUCCAACAAGCUCGUUUAUAUUCGAACAGGCAGAAGCCGACGAAGGACAAUGAGGUGAAGAAGGAUGACAAGGAAUUGAAGGACAAGAAUAAUAUUGAGCCACCUUCAAAAACAGCUCCGGGAACAGAGAAUCUCUAUGAUGGCGAGACGCCACUCAGCAAGAAGGCAGAGCAGGGGCAGAAUAGCGAGCCAGAGCUUGCAGAGGGUAUGGUGAAGAUGAAUGCGGAGGAUGAGAUAGCCAUGAAGGAGCUAUUGGACACGCUGAAGCUUGGGUUGCCAAAGAGCCAGGUUGAGGUUAUCGAGCGGGCGUUUGAGAAUAUCCAGAAAGAGGGCAUGCCGAAGGAGCUAAGAGAGCUGAUGGAUGAUGUUAGGGGCAAGCCUAUGACGCUGUCAUCUGCGGCAAAGUUGACGAGGUUGGCGUCGCAGAUGGCGAGGAAGCAGGCCGAGAGGGACAUGGGCAAAGAUUCUAAGAAGUCGAGCACGGAAUCCGAUUCGAGUGAUAUGAAGGGCUCAUCUGGUGGGUUUGGAGGCUUCGGAAGCCCCCCGCCAGGCGGAAAUAAGGGAGGGAAACAGCAACAAGACGGUGGUUUCAAGGUCGGCGAAAUCAAGAUCGAUAUGGGCACGCUGUUGCUCUCAGCAUUCGUGUCAUACCUGAUGUAUAGGAUGGUCAUGCCUGGAGAGAGCAGACGGGACAUCACAUACCAGGAGUUUAGAAGCACGUUCCUCGACAAGGGACUGGUUGAGAAGUUGACGGUCACAAAUGGAGGGAAGGUCAGAGUCGAUUUACAUCGUGAAGCUACACAGCAGAUGUUCCCAGAUUCUCCUGCCGUCAACCCUAACUUCCACUACUACUUCUCGAUUGGCUCCGUGGAGUCAUUUGAGCGGAGACUGGAUGAGGCGCAAAAUGAGCUUGGAAUUCCUACCUCGGAGAGGAUACCUGUCAACUAUGCCUCAGAAGGUGAUGCCUGGGGACUGAUCCUCAGCUUUGGUCCUACGAUUUUGUUCAUUGGUGCGAUCUUCUACAUGUCGCGGCGAGCAUCUGGAGGUGGAGGAGGUGCCAGUGGUGUCUUUGGCAUGGGCAAGAGUCGAGCAAAGCAGUUCAACCACGAGACGGAUGUCAAGGUUAAAUUUGCCGAUGUUGCCGGUAUGGACGAAGCAAAGGCAGAGAUUAUGGAAUUCGUCUCUUUCCUGAAGACUCCUGAGCAGUUCCAACGCCUCGGUGCCAAGAUCCCUCGAGGAGCUAUUCUCUCUGGUCCUCCUGGAACGGGUAAAACGCUUUUGGCCAAGGCCACUGCUGGCGAAUCCCAAGUUCCCUUCUUCAGCGUUUCUGGUUCGGAGUUCGUGGAGAUGUUCGUCGGUGUUGGUGCUUCAAGAGUGCGCGACCUCUUCGCCAUGGCGAGAAAGAACACUCCUUGUAUCAUCUUCAUCGAUGAAAUCGAUGCUAUCGGAAAGGCCCGUGGGAAAGCUGGAUCGUUCGGUGGCGGUAACGAUGAGCGAGAAGCUACGUUGAAUCAGAUCUUGACCGAGAUGGACGGUUUCAACACCGCUGAGCAAGUAGUUGUUCUUGCUGGUACGAACAGACCGGAUGUUCUUGACAAGGCAUUGAUGCGUCCUGGUCGAUUUGAUAGACAUAUCGCUAUCGACCGACCUACUAUGGAUGGACGAAGACAGAUAUUCAUGGUUCAUCUCAAGAAGAUUGUCACGAAUGAGGAUUUGGAGUACUUGACUGGACGUCUCUCUGCUUUGACCCCGGGCUUCUCAGGAGCGGAUAUCGCUAACUGUGUCAACGAAGCUGCUUUGAUUGCGGCCCGGACGAGUGCGAAAUCUGUAGAGAUGCUCCAUUUCGAACAAGCCAUUGAGCGUGUCAUCGGUGGCCUGGAGAAGAAGUCCCUUGUCCUCUCACCUGAGGAGAAGAAGACCGUUGCAUACCACGAAGCCGGUCACGCCAUCUGUGGAUGGUACUUCAAGUACGCCGAUCCUCUUCUGAAAGUCUCCAUCAUUCCACGUGGCCAAGGAGCUCUCGGAUACGCCCAAUACCUCCCAGCAGGCGACACCUAUCUCAUGAACGUUAACCAGCUCAUGGACCGCAUGGCCAUGACCCUCGGAGGCCGAGUCUCAGAAGAACUUCACUUCGAUACCGUCACUUCCGGCGCCUCAGAUGACUUCAACAAAGUCACUCGCAUAGCUACAGCCAUGGUCACCAAAUGGGGCAUGAGCAAGAAACUCGGCCCCCUCCACUUCGAGGACAACGAGCAGGCCUUACACAAACCAUUCGCUGAGUCCACUGCCCAAACUAUCGACGCUGAAGUCCGCCGCAUCAUUGACGAGGCAUACAAGCAGUGCAGAGACCUCCUGACAGAGAAGAAAGCCGAAGUAGGGAUCGUCGCUGAGGAGCUUCUCACCAAGGAAGUCCUCGAUAGAAACGAUAUGGUUCGAUUACUAGGCGCUCGCCCAUUCGACGAGAACAAAGAUUUCACAAAGUACUUCGGUGGUAGUGGAGAGAAGAGCGCACCUCCGCCGUUCCCAUCAGAGAGCACGGACUCUCCACCUGAGCAGCCCAACCCCGUAUGAGACGACGUGAGACUGAACAAGGGGGAGAACAUGUAGAAUAUCGGUUGAUAAGUAAGGAAGCGCAUGAGGAUGAAGGCGCGGAUGGGGACGGAAGAGGAUGGGAUUACUACUCACUUACUUGUACUGUACAGCAUAUUCACGGGCGUUCGUUGGGUCAUUGAAAGAAGGAAGAGAAAACCAAAUGCAUUUUCGCAUUCUUCGUCGAGCAGGCAUCCGGGCAGGACAAAAAAUUUCAUCUCGAAAACCACACUUCACUCACCCUGUUCUCUUUUGUUUACGCCUUUUGGAUGGUGGAGCGGAGUAGGCUGGAGAGUGAGUGAAUUGUGCUGCCUACGAGGAGGAAAAGGCGGAAUGUAUGGGAGGGAUCGGGUAGAUAAGCCAGCUAUUGUAGAGAAUGGAAUUGUAUAGGUACGCAAUUAGGAUGAGACUACACUCUUCUGUGUCUAGCUGAACUAUCUCUUCUUGGCUGAAUAUUUCUUUCAUAAUAUUUUGUUUGGGGGAAAGGGGUGGAGAAUAAGCGAGGCCCUAGAAGCGAGAACUCACAUGAAAACAAAAACAUUUUCCCCCAGGUAUCAUCAACAUUAGCUCGACAAACUCCUCAAAGUCUGCAGAUCCAUUGUACAAGUAACACCCAUCGGGCCAUGCGCUCUCUCAAAAUCAACAGGUUGUGGAAAGCUUGACACCCCGUUCUCAAUAAUCUCGAGAUCUGUCAAUCCCAUCCGCACACGGUGUACGUCUCCUACUAAUCGGAUCACCAAUGCUCUCCCUAGAACACGAUAUUUCUUAGUGGUACGUCGAAGUAUUAUCGCUACAUUGGUGCCCAAGAAUUGACAUGUCAGAUCUCCCUCUCGAGCAUUCACUCGAGUCAGACCUAAGUGCCAUGUAUCGGUCACAAAGUAUUGGACCGAUUUAGCUUGGUGAUGAGCGGCCAGAAUUGAAGAUUUGGUUUUUUUCAUUCGAAGCAAUUUGAGAAGCCUCGUAAGUACUUGUUCGAUGUGAUCGCUUUACAGACACUUUCGAGCACUGAAAUGGCGUCAAUAGGCGCUUCACGUCUUUCGACGUGAUGCUGCUGACCAAUCCAUUGUGUAAAUGAGCUCCGUGCAGGCGGUCUGGUACAUAUUUCUUGAAAAACGUGUCAGGGGACGCAAAGUACACGCUUCUCUCUUCCAAUGCUGGGUAUAGCUCUUUGAUUGUCCCGUAAUCAUACCAGAAACCUCAAAAGAGGAGUCGAGGAUGGCAAAUUCCACCAAUGGCUAUUACGCAGACCAAGGUCUCUCUGCAAGAUCCGACUGAGUCUGACGAGCUUUACAUUUUGGAACUUGCCAUGCUUAGCUUCUGCAUUAUAGAAAUCCAUCACACUACUGUAGAUCUCGUGUGGCGUUUUCGAAGAGUCGGCUAUGAGCUUUCCCCGACAAUCUUCUGCAAGUCCUAACAGACCGAAGACUUUAUCUUGUCUCCUCUGCGACUCUGAAUCUUGGGAUAACCCAAGGAGAUGACUUAACGUAGGUGGCUCUAAAUGAAGCGGGAGUGUCAAAGUACGCUAUCUCCGGCCCAAUUGGGCUGGCAGUGACAGUGAGAUAUCCUGCAGUAGUCUUUUCAUUAUCGAAUCCAUCGAGAGUGAAGAUUUAGAAGAGACUUGCCGCUCUGCAUGAUCAAUAGCACCAAUGAAAGUGUCCCAAGAUAUUGAACAUACCUCAUCACCCUCCGAAUAGCCCUGGUCAUAGCAGCAGUAGAUGGUUGAUCUUCUUGCCAACGCCACUUCUUGGAUGAUCCGGAUCCGCGUCCAAUAUUUCCUCGUGCAGAGGUACGAGAUCCCAACGAGUUCGUCACAUCUUAGUUUCUCUGACUCACGCAAGGCAGAGACAGCCCCCUCAUUUUCUAUAUGAGAACGGUUUUCUCUCAUGCGUGCGAUAGCGUCGAAAGCCCUUAUCUCAGCAUCGUGGGCGUUGAUUGCACGCAACGAGGCUUCGGGGCGACCCAGCCAGAUCAACGCCUCAUUCGCCUCCGCAUAGAUUCGAUUCAUUAAUUGCAACUGGACUGCUCUUUUCCUUGGUACUCGUCUGAUUGAUACAAAUAGCGUCUACCCAUAGCACUCUCUCCUGCAUCUCGUGUCUGAGACCGUCGAGUGCGAUUGCGAGGUUAGAAGUGAUAACCUUAUACUGCCCAUCGAUGUUAAUUGUUUGGUCGACUGAUG